AUGGAUUUUUGCUUCACCCUUAAACUAGGCGUAACAUUUUCAAUAAUAAUGAUGGCCACUGCAUUAGAACAGUCUAAUGACCGAUUAAUGUCUUCAUACUUUCCAGUUUACAUCGACGAUGAAACAGAUGGAGGUUAUCCGUUUUUGUUGAAAUAUCCAUAUCUUGCAUAUUUGGCUCCGUACGACCAAGGGAUGCCGCAAUUAUCAAAACGUGUGGAGAAAAAAGAUGUAGACGGUAAAUCAGAUUUGAAUUUUCGACCAAGCGCGUUUCGAUUUGGUAAACGUGGAUCAGUCUACAGCGAUGAUACUGCAGCAGGAAUUCCAUACCUUGUAAAACAGUCGUUCUAUAAGUUUCCUCAAAAGCGAAAUUCACAAUCGAAUCGUUUAGGCAAGAAAAACAUGCCCGGUAUUAUACGGUUUGGUAGACGAUGA